AUGUCUAAACGCGGCUCAGAUACACAGGCACUCACGGCUAAGCGUGUCAGGAGCGAUGAAAUGGAGCAGCAACUGGGUUUAGACGAGUCACACACCCACCAAGUUGCUCUCUCCAAGAAGCACGACGACGACAACGCGCUGAUUAGAAGCGUACACCGCACAUCCAAGCUAUCGGCGCCUAUUAUAAAGCUCGAUGGGUGUCACACCGGUGAAAUAACCUCGGUUAAAUUCGACAUGACUGGAAACACAAUAGUCGCAGCUUCUGCAGACAAGUCAGUCAGCCUAUGGAGGACAUACACGGAUAAUGCAAACUACGGGUACAUUCCACAUGCACACAAGGAUGCUAUUACCUCUCUAGUCCUCUCACAUACUUCACCCUCCGAUCCACUCAUCCUCACCGCCUCAGCUGAUUCCACGAUUGGUGUGUGGCAGGCUUCGACGGGAAAGCUGGUGAGGAGGCUGAGAGGGCACAGCGACGUCGUCAACGUACUCGCCGUAUCCAGAAACAACCUCCUUGCUAGUGCUGGUGACGAUAACAAAGUGUUUAUAUGGCAAUUAGACGGCGAUGACGGUAACGGUGAUAGAACACCACCUAAACACCCCGUUCAUACCAUUACCUGGAACGCUCCCGUUAUUGCGCUUGAAUGGUCAGACGAUGAUUCGACGCUGUACAUUGGCGGGUUGGAUAACCAGAUACAUGCUCACAACCUCUCCUCCCACUCCACACUCUUCUCACUCACCGGUCACACAGACACAGUCACCUUCCUACGCCACUCACCUUGCUCGCAACACCUGAUAUCCUGCUCGAAUGACUCGUCAGUGCGUAUCUGGGACGUUAAGCCUUUCACAAGCGACCCUACCAGACAAUAUAGAGUGCUGCACGGUGCUGUGUCCUCGUUCGAGGGUGUGUACUCUCAGCCGGCGUGGAGUGCAGAUGGAACACGCGUAGCUGUUGGUAGUGCUGACCGCACUGUCACUGUGUGGAAUGUAGAAUCUGGCGAUAUCCUUUAUAAGCUACCCGGACACACUGGCACCGUUGGCGCUGUCGAUAUUCACCCAACCGACCCUGUCAUUGUCUCUGGCGGGAAGGAUUGCAGGAUGUUUCUGGGCGAGUUGAUGAGCUGA